GGAAUAGUUAAAUAUCUGAUGAGCCUGACAGUGUUCUUCUGCAGAAUGACAUGAAAUCAAUGUCAAUCAAGCAAAUUUUGUGUUAGCCUCGCAGUGGACAUUCCAAUUGAUGGUAUCUUCUGGAAGUGUUGCAAUUUUGGCUUUCCUGAUGUAAAACUUACCAAUAAGGACUAUGGAGGUGUUGCAGUGUGAUGGCUGUGAUUUUCGAGCGCCAUCUUACGAAGAUCUUAAAGCUCACAUUCAGGAUGUUCACACGGCGUUUUUGCAACCCACAGAUGUCGCUGAGGAAACUCCUAGCCAGUCAAGGUUUAGCUCUAUGAGUAGCGGUGACCAGGCUGAGGUGGAAUAUUCUUCUGUAAAAGAUGAAUUUGGAAUUACGGAUGAGAUAGCAGGGCAAAAUGCCGCUCAGCUGGGGUCUGGAAAUUAUUACAGCCAUAGCCAGAGUUAUUAUGGCCAGCAUAUGCUCUCCAAGCCAGCGAGCAAGUUUUUCCAGUGCAAAUUCUGUGUGCGUUAUUUCAGGUCCAAAAACCUACUCAUAGAGCAUACGCGGAAAGUGCAUGGCGCUCAGGCGGGAGGAUCUCCAGCUGGAUCGCCCGGUACUAGCUCCUUAAAUUACAACAUUAUGAUGCACGAGGGCUUUGGUAAGGUUUUUUCUUGCCAGUUCUGCACCUACAAAUCUCCGAGGCGUGCGAGGAUUAUUAAGCACCAGAAGAUGUACCACAAAAACAGCCUGAAAGAGAGCUCCACCCCUCCCGCCGCUUCAGCUGCUAUAUCUGAAUCGGCAUCGACUUCUGUGCCAGUACAGGACUCUUGCAAGGAACUCCCAGCCGAAGUUGUAGAACGCAGUAUUUUGGAGUCUAUGGUCAAGCCUUUGACCAAGUCGAGAGGGAACUUCUGCUGCGAAUGGUGUAGCUACCAGACGCCCCGACGGGAACGCUGGUGCGACCAUAUGAUGAAAAAGCAUCGCAGCAUGGUGAAAAUACUUUCAAGCCUGAGGCAGCAACAGGACGGGACCAACAUGCCAGACGUCUCAAGCAAGGGUCCGCCAAGCCCCACUCCAAACACCAACUACAUCCCUAUGAAUGCCUCUGGGCGGGAGAUGCCGAAUGCAAACCUCCCAAACUACAGAGGCUCUAUGAACAAUUCUCUUGUCAGGUCCAACACUUCUACUUCUUCAAAGUUUUCUUCUGUUUCCUACCCUCACAUGAAACACAAAGCACCUCACAACUCUGGCAUUGUUAAUUUGUCGGACAGGUCUCGCUACGCGAUGGCCGACAUGGCAAAUUCUUCCGCCGAUAUGGAUACAAACAGUAUGCUCAAUGAUUCCAGCUCUGACGAUGAGCUAAAUGAACUAGACAGUGAAAAUGGGUUGAACUCCAUGGAUCACCAAACCUCAGGGCUAACUGCAGAGCAACUGAUGGGGUCUGAGGGCCACAAGUUACUGGAAACAAAGGGGAUCCCCUUUAGGAGGUUUAUGAACAGAUUCCAGUGCCCCUUCUGCCCUUUCCUUACCAUGCAUCGGCGGAGCAUUUCCCGCCAUAUUGAAAACAUCCAUCUGUCUGGAAAGACAGCGGUAUACAAAUGUGAUGAAUGUCCAUUUACUUGCAAGAGCUCGUUCAAACUCGGAGCUCAUAAACAGUGUCAUACUGGUGCAGCAUCCGACUGGGAUGCAGUGAAUUCCCAAACAGAAAGCAUAGCUUCUUCAUUAAAUGAAAGCACAGUAUCCUACGAAGGGGGCAAUAUAAAUGGCAGGAAGUCCGGCGGGUUAAUGGAUUCUAUGCAGCAGCAGCAACAAUCUCCGCAGUCCAACUCGCAGCAUCCAUAUAAGUGUACCAUGUGCAAUUAUUCCACAACUACUUUGAAAGGUCUCCGGGUUCAUCAGCAACACAAGCAUUCGUUUUGCGACAACUUGCCAAAAUACGACGGUCCGUCCUCAAAUACUCCACAAGACAGUGAGCCUGAUGCUCAUGCCUCUCCCAGCACCGUGAAGAAAAGUCAGACCUCAAUUCUUGGGCUGUCUUCUAAAAACAACUUCGUAGCUAAAGCCUCUCGGAAGAUGUCCAGUGACUUUCCCCUUGAUCUUUCACCAGUGAAGAAGAGAACUAGGAUUGAUGAGAUAGCUAGCAAUUUGCAAAGCAAAAUCAGUCAAAACAAGCAACAGGAAGAUGCAGUGAUUAAUGUAGAGGAGGAGGAGGAAGAAGAAGAUGACAAUGAAGUGGAGAUAGAAGUUGAGCUGGACAAGGAAGAAGAACAAGGAGAGCCGUUGAUGGAAAUUGCAACAUUUGCUUCCCAGCAAAUGUGGGGAAGAGAUACUAUCGAGUCUCAGAAAGAGCCCAACUACAGGAGCAUUGGCCAUGAUUACAAUUCCACCAAUGGGGCAGAAAUUGAGCUAACUAUAUCUGAGGAUGAAGAGGACUAUUACUGUUCUUCAAUUGGCUUGAAAGACCAAGGUCUCAAUUCGUCUGUUUUGGGCAGCCAGUCCAGUAUAUAUGGAUCUGACCAAAACAAUGAAAAUUCUGAUUAUGGUGACUCCGGAAGGCUUUACUAUUGUAAACACUGUGACUUCAGCAACAAAUCUGCCAGGAGUGUCAGCACUCAUUAUCAACGGAUGCAUCCAUACAUUAAAUUCAGCUUUAGGUAUAUCCUGGAUCCCAAUGAUCACAGUGCGGUGUACAGGUGUCUCGAAUGUUACAUUGAUUAUACAAACUUUGAAGACCUGCAGCAGCACUAUGGGGAGCACCAUCCUGAAGCCAUGAAUGUAUUAAAUUUUGAUCAUUCCGAUUUGAUCUACCGCUGCCGUUUCUGCUCUUACACCAGCCCGAAUGUUAGGAGCCUGAUGCCACAUUACCAAAGAAUGCACCCAACAGUUAAAAUUAACAAUGCAAUGAUAUUCUCGAGCUAUGUGGUUGAACAGCAAGAGGGCUUAAAUUCAGAGUCACAGACUCUGAGAGAGAUCUUGAACUCCGCUCCGAAAAGCCUGGCCUCUCCAGCCCCUGUUGCCCGUGGGACUGGCGUACCUGCUGCUUUUAACAAAAAUUCUCCGAAAAGUAAUAGCCCAGAAUCUGAAAGCCAGAAGGAGUCGUCAGUAAACAGUGUUGUGGUUUAUGACUGUGACGUCUGCUCAUUUGCAAGUCCUAACAUGCAUUCUGUCUUAGUUCAUUACCAGAAGAAACACCCUGAAGAGAAGGCUUCGUACUUCAGGAUUCAGAAGACGAUGCGUGUGGUGUCCGUUGAGAGGGGCUCUGCUCUGGCUCAGAUGGCUUAUGAAUUGGGAUCGCCCAUCUCCCCCAAAAUGUCCAAUAUGGCUUCACAACUGCCACCUCCGCCACCUCCAGACCUUACGACUGAGCUUUACUACUGCAAACAUUGCUCUUACAGCAACCGCUCAGUGGUUGGCGUGCUUGUGCAUUACCAGAAAAGGCACCCAGAAAUAAAAGUCACUGCAAAAUACAUUAGGCAGGCACCUCCCACUGCAGCAAUGAUGAGAUCUGGAGAGAUCCCUCCUGGUGUUCCCAGACCACCAGCAUCUAUGCAACAGCUUAACCGGGGCAACUCUGAGAGUACUGCCUCGGAGAAUGAGAUGUUCUUCUGCCAGCACUGUGAUUAUGGAAACCGGACUGUGAAAGGUGUGCUCAUACAUUACCAAAAGAAGCACCGCGAUUUCAAAGCCAAUGCAGAUGUAAUUAGGCAGCACACAGCCACAAUCAGGAGCCUUUGUGAUCGUGGCCAGAAAAACUCCCCUGGCGGCCUGCAGACUCCCGCUUCCAAUGCCGAGCGAGAGAAGGCUAAGCUGAGAGCUCUCAAGUGCAGGCAGUGUUCUUACACAUCUCCUUAUUUCUACGCACUUAGGAAGCACAUUAAAAAGGACCACCCGAGCUUAAAGGCCACAGUCACCUCUAUUUUGCGAUGGGCCUUUUUGGAUGGCUUAAUAGAAGCCGGGUACCAUUGUGAGUGGUGCAUCUAUUCUCACGCCGAACCCAGCGGCUUGCUUGUGCAUUACCAAAGGCGACAUCCUGAGCAUUAUGUUGACUAUACAUAUAUGGCAACAAAGCUCUGGGCAGGGCCGGAUCCUUCGCCUCCAGCCUUACUGAUCCCAUCAGAGAUGAAAACGUAUAAAUGCAGAGACUGCAUUUUUGAAGCAUCUUCCAUUUGGGACAUUACUAAUCACUACCAAGCUUUUCAUCCCUGGGCUAUGAAUGGAGAUGAAUCUGUAUUACUAGAUAUUAUCAAGGAGAAGGAUGCCGCCGAUAAAGCCAACCCAGUAUCCAACGAUGCUGGAGCCAGGGUCAAUUCGGAGGGCCAGAUGGCAGUGCCACAUGUGGACCAGGAUGCAGAAUAUGCAGAGGAUACAAACCUGGUGCAAGACAAAGCUAUCCAGCUCACCUCUGCAAACCCUGCCAUCUCAUCAACACCAUACCAGUGCACAGUGUGCCAGUCAGAGUACAACAAUUUGCAUGGACUUCUGACCCACUAUGGCAAAAAGCACCCUGGGAUGAAAGUUAAAGCUGCAGAUUUUGCACAAGACAUAGAUAUUAACCCAGGAGCUGUGUACAAAUGUAGGCAUUGCCCGUACAUUAAUACACGCAUUCACGGUGUUCUCACACACUACCAGAAACGGCACCCCUUGGUGAAGGUCACCGCGGAAGAUUUUGUGCACGAUGUGGAACAGCCAAACGACAUGAACCAGAAUGAGGUGGAGGAGACCAGCAGAAUUUUCAAGCAAGGAUAUGGUGCUUACAGGUGUAAAUUGUGCCCUUAUACGCACGGCACGUUAGAGAAGCUCAAAAUCCAUUACGAGAAAUACCACAACCAGCCUGAAUUUGAUGUGUUUGCACAGUCUCCUCCUAAGCUGCCGGCCUCUGUAGAGCCUGAAGUCGUCGCCGAGAUUAAGCCCUCUCCAGAAAUCUCUCCGGAGGAGAUCAUUGGAGACGAUUCGGUGCCUCCUUCGCACUUCUCGAGUUCCCACCUGGUGUCCCACACGGUGUUUCGGUGCCAGCUCUGUAAGUAUUUUUGCUCCACCAGGAAAGGGAUAGCUAGGCACUACCGGAUAAAACACAACAACGUCCGGGCCCAGCCAGAAGGGAAGAACAACCUCUUCAAAUGCGCCUUGUGCUCCUACACGAACCCUAUCCGUAAAGGCUUGGCUGCGCAUUACCAAAAGCGCCACGACAUCGAUGCUUACUAUACUCACUGCUUAGCUGCUUCGAGGACUGUCAGCGACAAGCCCAACAAAGUGAUCAUUCCGUCGCCCCCAAAAGAAGAUUCCCCCCAGCUAAGCGAGGAGCUGAGGAGGGCAGUGGAGAAGAAGAAAUGCUCUCUCUGCUCCUUCCAGUCCUUCAGUAAAAAGGGAAUCGUAUCGCACUACAUGAAGCGACACCCGGGCGUGUUCCCCAAGAAGCAGCACGCAAGCAAGCUGGGGGGCUACUUCACCGCCGUGUACGCAGAUGAGUACGAGAGGCCGCAGGCUCUGCCAGAGGAGAGGAAUGACUUUGAGAAGCCGGAGGUGGAGGUGGAGGCUCCCGAAAUGGAGUGGCUCCCCUUCCGCUGCGUCAAGUGCUUCAAACUCUCCUUCAGCACGGCCGAGCUGCUGUGCUUGCAUUACACCGACCACCACAGCAAGGACCUGAAGAGGGACUUCUCCAUACUGGGAAGCGGACCCCGUUUCCAGAACCCCAUCUUCCAGUGCCGGCAUUGCGACAGCAAGCUGCAUAGCAUGGCGGAGCUGACCUCGCACUUGAACAGUCACAACGAGGAAUUCCAGAAGCGUGCCAAACGCCAAGAGAGGAGGAAGCAGCUUCUGAGCAAGCAAAAAUAUGCAGAUGGUGCUUUUGUAGAUUUCAAACAAGAGAGGCCUUUUGGUAAUGUGGAAGAAGUUUCAAAACUGAAGGAGAGGAAAGUGGUGGGCUACAAGUGUAAAUUUUGUGUGGAAGUUCAUCCAACCCUUCGCGCUAUCUGCAACCAUCUUCGUAAGCACGUUCAGUACGGGAAUGGCUCCUCCGUGUCUGCUGCAGUCAAGGGUCUACGAUCGCACGAGAGGAGUCACUUGGCAUUGGCCAUGUUUACUCGCGAAGACAAGUACAGCUGCCAGUAUUGCUCCUUUGUCUCUGCUUUCAGGCACAAUUUGGAUCGCCAUAUGCAAGCCCACCAUGGACACCAUAAACCAUUCCGCUGCAAACUCUGCCCUUUCAAGUCCUCCUAUAACAGCCGGCUGAAAACUCACCUACUCAAAGCUCAUGCUGGUGAACAUGCCUACAAAUGCUCCUGCUGCUCAUUUUCCACCAUGACAAUCAGCCAGCUGAAAGAGCACUCCCUGAAAGUGCAUGGGAAAGCACUGACACUACCAAGACCACGCAUUGUCAGCCUUGUAACCUCGCAUGCUCAACAUGCCUCCAUGAACCACACUACCGCUGAAGAAGUGGAAGACUCUAAUGAUUCUUCCUACUCGGCCCCAGAUGUCCAACAGCAAUUGAACCACUACAGUCGGCAGCUCUGGCAAGGAACACACAACAACAUUAGCCCCGUCCCGCUUUCCGGAGCAGACCAGAAAGCCGAAGCCAUCCUUAACUGUGAAUUUUGUGAAUUCUUCGGGUAUAUCCAGAGCAUUCGCCGUCAUUACCGCGAACAUGGAGGGAAGAAGCUCUUCAAGUAAGAUUGCUCCUUUUACACAGGCUUUAAAUCUGCUUUUACUAUGCACGUGGAAGCUGGGCAUUCAGCAGUUCCUGAGGAAGGACCCAAAGAUCUCCGCUGUCCUCUCUGUCUGUACCACACCAAAUAUAAACGGAACAUGAUUGACCAUAUCGUCCUUCAUAGAGAAGAGCGAGUGGUUCCCAUAGAAGUGUGCCGUUCCAAGCUGUCCAAAUAUUUGCAGGGAAUCGUUUUCCGCUGUGACAAGUGUACCUUCACGUGUUCCAGCGACGAAAGCCUACAGCAGCACAUAGAGAAGCACAACGAGCUGAGACCUUACAAAUGCCAACUCUGCUACUAUGAGACCAAGCACACGGACGAGCUGGAUGCUCACCUUCGAGAUGAGCAUAAGGUGAGCCGCAAUUUUGAGCUGGUUGGACGGGUUAACUUAGAUCAGUUGGAACAGAUGAAGGAAAAAGAGGAGAGUUCCAGCAGCGAUGAGGAAGAAAAGGAAGAGGAGAUGAGCCCCAAGAGUGAAGCGAGAGGGUCCAUGAGGUUCUCAGAGAAUGGACCACCAGAAAAACGUUUCCCCUGUGAAUUUUGUGGCCGGACGUUUGCAGAGGGCUCAGAGUGGGAACGGCACGUGCUGAGGCACGGCAUGGCUGUGAAUGAAACCAAGCGGGAGAUUGGCGAAGAUAGCCAGCCGAAAGAGGACGCAGAGGAGAAUGUUACGGUACCACUGGCAGAAGAGAUGGAAAGCAGCGCGGACAUCGUGGUGGACUUUUCCCACAAUAACGAAACUGCUGUCUGUAUUGUUGCUGCUGCUGCUGCUGCUGCUGCUGAUAAAUCACUCCAAGAGAACGCGGAGGCCAAAAGCGAAUGAGCACCUGGUGUGAUUUCAAACAACCUACUUGAACAGUGAUGGAUGGGGUGGGGUGGGGAAGGGGGGGCGAGGAAGAAUCAAAGCUGCUUUUAGAACUGAAUGAUCUAUUUUCAAAGCACUGGUACCUGUGUGUGUGCGUGCGUGUGUGCGUGCGUGUGUGUGUGUGUACAUAUAUUAAUUUUAUUUAAUUGAGGAUGACGAACUAUGUGGCUCCAGUACCAUCUCUGCAACUCUUCGAGAUCUUGACAAUGGGAAGUUUACGUUCGUUUGGACUUGAGAAGCAAACUCCCAAAUAUUCCUCGCAUUAUGCCGCCGUGCUUUGCCCUGGAGACUUCGGAUUGUUUCGAGGAUGGAGGAAGCGUCACGAGGAUAGAAGAUGUAGAGGACAACUUUUCGGCGCACAAAUGUGGGCGCUUUUUUCUAGUUUUAAUAAAACAUAUUAUGCUUUUCCAGACUGACUGACUUGCUUUAGAAGAAAGAAAGAAAGAAAGAAAGAAAAACUGCUUAAAACAGUCACCUGUUUCCUAGUACCUCAGAAUUAACCAAGGGAAAUAAAAAAAAAAAAAUACAAA